GUGUGCGCGUCAUGGCUGCCGGCACCGCGCUCCGGUACUCUUCCGCUUGACCCCAGAAAGUUUCGGUUCUGCCCGGCCGUGGACCCACGAGCGCGUGCCAAUAUGGAGCCUGACCACUGCUGAGCAAAUAACCACAGAGAGCCGAGGUUCUAAGCCUUUCUCUGGACCCAGGCAGGAGGCACCCAGCCAGGGAAGGCAGACUCACCAUGGCUUCCACCAGCGCGGAGAGCCAGCUCCAGAGAAUCAUCCGAGAUUUGCAAGAUGCUGUGACAGAACUAAGCAAAGAAUUCACAGAAGCAGGGGAACCUAUCACAGAUGACAGCACCAGCUUGCAUAAGUUUUCUUAUAAACUUGAGUAUCUGCUGCAAUUUGAUCAGAAAGAGAAGGCAACCCUCCUGGGCAACAAGAAGGACUACUGGGAUUAUUUCUGUGCCUGCCUGGCCAAGGUGAAAGGAGCCAAUGAUGGGAUCCGAUUUGUCAAGUCUAUCUCGGAGCUCCGGACAUCCCUGGGGAAAGGAAGGGCAUUUAUUCGCUACUCCUUAGUGCACCAGAGGUUGGCAGACACCUUACAGCAGUGCUUCAUGAACACCAAAGUGACCAGUGACUGGUACUAUGCAAGGAGCCCCUUUCUGCAGCCAAAGCUGAGCUCUGACAUCGUGGGCCAACUCUAUGAGCUGACUGAGGUUCAGUUUGACCUGGCAUCAAGGGGCUAUGACUUGGAUGCUGCCUGGCCAACAUUUGCUAGAAGGACACUGGCCAUUGGCUCUUCUGCUUACCUGUGGAAACCUCCCAGCCGAAGCUCCAGUAUGAGCAGUUUGGUGAGCAACUACCUGCAGACUCAAGAGAUGGCCUCCAACUUUGACCUGAACAGUCCACUGAACAACGAGGCACUGGAGGGCUUUGACGAGAUGAGGCUGGAACUGGACCAGUUGGAGGUGCGGGAGAAGCAGCUGCAGGAGCGCAUGCAGCAGCUGGACAGAGAGAACCAGGAGCUGCGGGCAGCUGUCACCCUGCAGGGAGAGCAGCUGCAGACGGAGCGGGAGCGGGGGCGCACUGCCGCAGAGGACAACAUUCGCCUUGCUUGCUUGGUGGCUGAGCUCCAGAAGCAAUGGGAGGUCACGCAGGCUACCCAGAAUACCGUGAAGGAGCUGCAGGCAUGCCUGCAAGCCCUGGAGCUGGGAGCAGCAGAAAAGGAACAGGAUGACCAUGCAGCCCUAUGGCGGCUGGAGGCCAUGCUACAGCCCCUGGUGCAGGAGCUUGAGGCUGCACGGGCCUUACCGGGCAAGAGGAACCCACAUUUAGCUAGUAUUCCAGACCAGCUGGCUGCAGCUGAGCAUAAGGCAAAUAUGGCACUGGACACAAAGGGGCAGCAAGUGUGUGUUCCCACUGACACUGCCCUAGAGAUUCAGAAGCUGGGGGAGAAGCUUCAGGCCCUAGAAAGGGAGAGCACCAAGGUCCAGGAGCUCAACAGGCAGCAGAGUGCCCAGCUGGAGCAGCUAGGCAAGGAGCUACAGCUGAAGGAGGAGGCCCGGGCCAGCCUGGAACUCCUGGUGAAGGAGAUGACCCCACUCCGGGAGGAGCUAUCUGGGCAGGGGCAGGAGGCAGCCCAGCUCCAGCGACAGUUGCAGGAAUCGCUGGCCCACUUGAGCUCCCUGGAGGAGGAGCUGGAGGAGGUGAGGCAAAAGGAAAAGCGGCAACAGGAGGAGAAAGAGCUGCUGGAGCAGGAGGCCAGGUCUCUGACUCGGCAGCUGCGGCUCCUGGAGACCCAGCUGGCACAGGUGAGCCAGCACGUGAGUGACCUGGAGGAGCAGAAGAAGCAGCUCAUCCAGGACAAAGACCACCUCAGCCAGAAACUGGGCACACUGGAGCAGACUAUUGAGCAGCCAGACUUGAAGCUGCCUGUGGCAGGUGAGAAGAAUGAGGCUGCGGUCCCCCAGGACUCCACCCUGCAAAAGGCCUGUGAGAAGCUGGCGGAGGAUCAGAGGGGUCUGCAGGAAGGACAGAUGGACGAUCCUAAUGUACAAGAGGGCAGCCAGGAGGCUGCACUCCGGCAGGCCAACAGGGAGCUGGAGAAGGAGCUGCAGAAUGUGGUUGGGCGCAACCAACUCCUGGAGGGCAAGCUGCAGGCCCUGCAGGCUGAUUACCAAGCACUGCAACAGCGGGAGACAGCCAUCCAGGGCUCCCUGGCCUCCCUAGAGGCCGAGCAGGCCAGCAUCCGGCACUUGGGUGACCAGAUGGAGGCAAGCCUGCUGGCUGUAAAGAAGGCCAAGGAGACCAUGAGAGCCCAGGUGGCAGAGAAGGACGCCGCUCUGCAGAGCAAGGAGGGUGAGUGCCGGCGGCUGCAGGAGGAGGUGGAGCAGUGCCGGCAGCUGGCAGAGACCCGGCAUGGGGAGCUCAGGGCUCUUGAGAGCCAGUGCCACCAGCAGGCCCAAAUGAUCAAGGUCCUCACAGCAGAGAAAGACCAACAGGGGCUUGAUCCACCCCAAGACAACGAAGCCCAUGAGCUGGCAGCCCAGCUGGCCCUGUCUCAGGAGCAGCUGGAAGUCCAUCAUGGGGAGGCCCAGCAGCUGCAGGCUGAUGUGGUGGACCUCCAGGCCAAGCUCCAGGCAGCCCUGAGUGACCGGGACAAGGUGCAGAGCCAGCUGAGCGUGGCUGAGGCAGUCUUAAGGGAGCACAAGACCCUCGUGCAGCAACUAAAGGAGCAGAAUGAAGCCCUCAACAGGGCCCAUGUUCAGGAGCUGCUGCAGUGCUCAGAGCGUGAAGGGGUGCUACAGGAGGAGAGGGCUGGUGAGACCCAGCAGAAGGAGAAGGAUCUGUGGGCCCUGCGGGAAGAACUUUCCCAGGUGAAGUGCAGCUCUGAGGAAACCCAGCUGGAGCAUGCUGAGCUGCAGGAGCAACUGCACCAGGCCAACACAGACACAGCUGAGCUCGGCAUCCAGGUCUGUGCACUGACCGCAGAGAAAGAACGGGUGGAGGAGGCGCUGGCCUUUGCUGCCCAAGAACUCCGGGAUUCUAAAGAGACAGCCUUACGGGAGCGGGAGGACCUGGAGUGCCAGGUGGCAGGCCUGCAGCAAGAGAAGGAGAACUUACAGGAGAAGCUGAAGGUGGCCGAGGAGGUGGCUGGUGCCCUACCUGGUCUACAGGCCCAGCUGGCCCAGGCUGAGCAGCAGGCCCAGAACCUUCAGGAGGCUGCACACCAGGAGCUCGACACCCUCAAGUUCCAGCUGAGCGCUGAGAUCAUGGACUACCAGAGCAGACUUAAGACUGCCAGUGAGGAGUGCAGGAGCCUCAGGAGCCAGCUUGAGGAGCAAGGCCAGCAGCUACAGGCCUCCCAGGAGGCUGUGGGGACACUGAAGGCCACCCAAGCAGACAUGGAAGAGAAGCUGAGCUGCACCAGCAGCCAUCUUGCAGAGUGCCAGGCCACCAUGCUGAGGAAGGAUAAGGAGGGGGCUGCCCUGCGUGAAGACUUGGAGAGGACCCAGAAGGAACUUGAAAAAGCCACCACAAAAAUCCAAGAGUAUUACAACAAACUCUGCCAGGAGGUGACCAAACGGGAGAGGAAUGACCAGAAGAUGCUCGCUGACCUGGAUGACCUGAACAGAACCAAAAAGUACCUCGAAGAGCGGCUAAUAGAACUGCUCAGGGACAAGGAUGCUCUCUGGCAGAAAUCAGAUGCCCUGGAAUUUCAACAGAAGCUCAGUGCCGAAGAGAGGUGGCUUGGGGACGUGGAGGCGAACCACUGCCUUGACUGCAAGCGGGAGUUCAGCUGGAUGGUACGGCGGCACCACUGCAGGAUAUGUGGCCGCAUCUUCUGUUACUACUGCUGCAACAACUAUGUCCUGACCAAGCACAGUGGCAAGAAGGAGCGCUGCUGCCGAGCCUGCUUCCAGAAGCUCAGCGAAGGCCCUGGCUCCCCUGAUAGUACUGGCUCAGGCACUAGCCAGGGAGAGCCCAGCCCCAUGCUGUUGCCAGCCCAAGCUGGGACCCAGGCCAUUGGAGGCCAAGGAGCAAGCAUAGACUGCAGGCCGCCAGACGAUGCUGUGUUUGAUAUCAUCACAGAUGAGGAGUUGUGCCAGAUACAGGAGUCUGGCUCCUCUUUGCCUGAAACACCCACCGAAACAGAUUCUCUUGAUCCAAACAUGGCUGAACAGGACACCACGUCAAACUCGCUAACCCCUGAGGACACUGAAGACAUGCCCAUGGGACAGGAUGCAGAAAUCUGCUUACUGAAGUCUGGAGAACUAAUGAUCAAAGUACCCCUCACAGUGGAAGAGAUCGCCAACUUUGGAGAGGGAAACAGAGAACUGUUUGUGAGGUCCAGUACCUACAGCCUGAUCCCCAUCACUGUGGCUGACGCAGGCCUCACCAUCAGCUGGGUCUUCUCCUCCGACCCCAAGAGCAUCUCCUUCAGUGUGGUCUUCCGGGAAGCCGAGGACACACCGCUGGAUCAGUGCAAGGUCCUCAUCCCCACAACCCGAUGCAACUCCCACAAGGAGAACAUCCAGGGCCAGCUCAAGGUCCGCACACCAGGCAUCUACAUGUUCAUCUUCGACAACACCUUCUCAAGGUUUGUCUCCAAAAAAGUAUUUUAUCACUUAACAGUUGAUCGGCCUGUGAUCUAUGAUGGAAGUGAUUUUCUGUAACUUCACGCACCUGGAUUUCAGUAGCUUUACUUCAGCCAUAGGAUACACUACUCUUCCUUACUAGGAACAUAAAGCAUUU